UGUGUGCAUGUGUGAGAGCACAUAUGUAUGGGGGGGUGGGGGGUCUGGUGGCACACAUGAAUGCAGUGCUCUACUGUGUGUGUUACUUUCACACCCUAAAGCUUGGCGGUGUUAUCGUGAAGUUGUACAGCGAAACAGCAGAGCUGCAGCCCAUUGGCUAUAGGCAUCCAGUGGGUUUGUGGUUGUUCUAAAAUCAGAUCAGGCUGAGGGAACAUGAGGUGUGCACUUCCGUUUUUUUGCCUUUUUUUUCACGCACCUCUUCAACAUCACUUAAGCUGAGUGUCCAUAUUGUGUUUUUUUUUCAGUUGUUCUGAAUGAUAAGAGAGGGUACGCGGAUGCCUAGAGAAAAAGUGUAUUUUUUUUUUCAGAGCACCAGCCUUUUCCUGUGUGCGCUCUGAGUACUUCUGGUUGUGAAAACUUUUCAGAAAGGUGCCGGUGUCGUCAUAUGUUGUCAAGAUAUUGCUGUCAUAGAGAGGAAACCCAUGUGUGGUGUGGGAGUGCUCUUUUUGAUGAAAUGCUGGGGUGAAACGCUCCCCAUCUCCCUGCCAGCACUUUUCUGCCUGAGAGAAACUCUAUAUGGACACGCGCCCUAAGAGGGUCCAGGAGAAAAUGGAGAACGGAGGCUCGAUCAAGGAUGACGAUGAGGCUCUGUGGGAGAACGUGGAGAACAACCGCUACAUCCUGAGCCGCUACAUCAACGCCAACAAGCUGACUCCCUACCUGAGGCAGUGCAAAGUCAUCGAUGAGCAGGACGAGGACGAGGUGCUGCGCUCACUUCUGCUGGUGUCCAAAGUGGACCGAGCAGGACGGCUGUUGGAUAUUUUGCGGAGGAAGGGUGAGCGGGGCUAUGUCGUAUUUCUGGAGAGCUUGGAGUUCUACUACCCUGACCUCUACAAGAUGGUCACCGGGAAGGAGCCUACUCGCAGGUUCUCUACCAUCGUCGGUGAGUCAUCAAAAUCCAUGGAGGAGGGUCAGGAGGGUCUCACCCAGUUCCUCAUGAAUGAGGUGAUCAAGCUCCAGCAGCAGGCCAAGGCAAAGGAUGUGCAGCGCGUGGACGUCAUGGGCAAGUGUCGCACGCUGGAGGACGAGCACAAGAAGCUGCGUCUGGCUAACCAGGAGCUGCAUUCCUUCCAGGAGCGCUACAAUAAGAUGAAAGAAGAACGCAACAACUACAACGACGAGCUAACGAAGGUCAAAGACGAGAACUACAAGCUAGCCAUGCGCUACGCCCAGCUGAGUGAGGAGAAGAACAUGGCCGUCAUGAGGAGUCGUGAUCUUCAACUGGAGAUUGAUCAGCUGAAACACAAGCUGAACAAGGUGGAGGCGGAGUGCACGAUGGAGAGAAAGCAGUCCCUGAAACUGAAAAACGACAUGGAGAACCGUCCCCGCAAAGAGCAGAUCUUUGAGCUGGAGCGAGAGAACGACAUGCUGAAAAUCAAACUUCAAGAGCUGCAGUCAAUCAUCCAGCCAGGGCCUCUGCCUGAUUCUGAUAAGGCCAUCCUGGACAUCCUGGAGCAUGAUCGUCAGGAGGCCCUGGAGGAUCGGCAGGACCUGGUCAACCGGCUCUAUAAUCUGCACGAGGAGGUGCGACAGGCUGAGGAGCUGAGAGAUAAGUACUUGGACGAGAAAGAGGCCCUGGAGCUGAAGUGUUCCACUCUGGUGAAGGAUUGCGAGAUGUACAAGAAUCGCAUGAACACCAUCAUGGUGCAGCUGGAGGAGGUGGAGCGGGAAAGGGACCAGGCUUUUAAGUCGAGGGAUGAUGCCCAGAAGCAGUUCUCCCAGUGUCUGAUUGACAAGGACAAGUACCGCAAGCAAAUCCGUGAGCUGGAGGAGAAGAGCGAUGAGCUACACAUCGAGAUUGUCCGCAAAGAGGCCAAGAUCGUCAAUCUGGAGUCUAAGCUGAGGCGUUUUGCUAAGGAGAAUGGCCUGGAACAGAGUUUACCUCGAGACAUUCCGUCCACAAUCAUCUCACAGGCCCUGGGCCAGCAGGACCCCAAGGCAGAGGGUCCAUCCGAGGACUCUGGGGACGAUUCUCCCGUAGACAACAACUUCUUUGUGCCCGAAACACGGUUCAGACGUCGACCAAACCUCAAGGGAGCUGGGAUCGGCCGAUGCAAGUCUCCUGUGACUACGCCCAGGGCUCCCGAUUUUCAAGGUGUGUCAAGCACGAACGGAGAGCUGUUUGAGGCACCUCGCUUUGACAUGGCUCCCUCUCAGACUGCAGCCAGUAUAGCUGCCAGCAACCAUCCGAAUACUCCUACCAGCGCAUUAGAAACUCUCGCCAAACUCCGAUGCCGUAAUGACAGCGUUAUGUCAACUGUCCCUGAGCCACCAGGAAAUGCCUCUCUUGUCAGGAGAACCAAAGAAGGUGAAGAUGAAUUCCAGCCAAGAAGCCUCUCCAGCGUGGACAGCGAUAGUGGAGACUACAUGGAAUUUGAUGAGGACACAGACAGGUUAUCGCACAGUCCUCCAUCUAUCCACUCCUCGUCCUCUUCUCAUCAGUCAGAGGGCAUGGACUCUUAUGACUUGGAGCAAGUGAACAACAUAUUCAGGAAGUUCUCACUGGAAAGACCGUUCCGUCCCUCUGUCACCUCCUUCACACAAAUCAGCAGCACAGUGCGGCCCAUCCAGGACGUCUCCCUCCAGGGCGACAGCCUCCUGUCCGACGUCACCCUCAUGGGCGGAAACGAAAGCGGCAUCUUCGUGUCCUUCGUGCAGCCCGGCUCCAGCACAGAGAGGGCUGGCCUGAAAGAGGGCCACCAUCUUUUAAUGUUAGAGGGGUGCAUCCGCGGAGAGAGCCAGAGAGUGCCUCUGGACACUUGCACCAAAGAGGAAGCCCACUGGACCCUUCAGAAAUGUUCCGGACCGGUCCAGCUCCAUUACAGAUCCAACAUGGACGGCUACAGGAGGCUACAGAGAGACUUGGAGGAAGGCAGGCUGGUGUCUGGGGACUCCUUCUACAUCCGCGCCAACCUGAACGUGUCGGGGCCGUCGGACAACUGCUCCCUAAGCGUGCGCUGCGACGAGGUGCUGCACGUGCUCGACACCAUGCACCAGGGCAGGUGCGAGUGGCUGUGUGCCCGUGUCGACACGUUCUCCGACAAGGACCUGGAUAGAGGCACCAUCCCCAGCUACUCCAGAGCCCAGCAGCUGCUCCUGGUGAAGAUCCAGAAGCUUAUGUGCCGCGGGGGGCGAGAGGAGGCCGAUAGUCAGCGUGGGGGUCUCAGGAACUCAUUAGUGCCCGAGGAGUCCACACCUCCCCCAGACCCCAAAUCCAGCCCUCGCCUGUCCAGGGCCAGUGUCUUCAUCUGUCAGAUUCUGCAGCUUGUCAGCAGGGCCGAUAACAAGUACAAGCGCAUGAACAGUAGCGAACGGGUGCGGAUCGUCAGUGCCGAGAACUCGUCAAUGUUUCCCAAACCCUUCGCCGAGACUUUGAGGAAGGAUGAUGCAUCAGACCCGGAGAAUGACCUGAAGAAGAGCUUAAAUUUGAUACCUUAUAGUCUGGUCACCUCGUACCACUGCCAACGCAAGAGGCCCGUUUUGUUCGCCCCGAACGCCCUGGCUAAAACUAUUAUUCAGAAAUUUCUCAACCUGGGUGGAGCCAUGGAGUUUAACAUUUGUAAACCAGAUGUCCUGUCCAAAGAGGAGUUCCUAAUGAAGCAGAAGAUUGAAGAUUCCAUCAUUUAUUCCAAAGAGAAACAAGGCUAUACAUAUGAAUGUGUCACUCCAGAAAAUAUCGAAACAGUUGCUUCUAAGAAUAAACACUGCCUGCUGGAGGCAGACCUGGGCUGUGUGAAGCACCUCCUCCGUCGGGAGAUUUACCCCAUCAUAAUCUUCAUCAAAAUCAGCGAGAAGAACAUCAAGAAAUUAAGGUCCACCUGUUUGUUCUUCAGGAGGCUGCCGGUGAAGAUCGACUCGGAGGAGGAGUUCCUCCGGAUGUGCCGGGCCAAGGAGAAGGAGCUGGAGGGUCUGCCCUGCCUCUACUCCACCGUGGAGCCCGAGUCCUGGAGCACGGUGGAGGACCUGCUGAAAGUCAUCAAGGACAAGAUCCUGGAGGAGCAGCGGAAGACGGUCUGGGUGGAGCAGGAACUGCUGUAGGCCCAUGGUUCCGACCCCGGGCCUCACUGAGCUCCCGAGGAAGUGCUGCUGUGCUGCGCGACGGAGUGUGACACUCUUGCCACCCUCAGGUGUGACACACACUGCACACACACUGAAACUCGGUGUCAUUGUUUCCAGCUCGAGUGGAACGAAAGCUGCACGGCGAGCUUUCACAGGAAAUGACGUCACCAAAAAGGCUGCCUUAAAAAAAGGUGUGCUGCUCGGCAAGAGACAAGAAUGUGGAUGAAGAAUGUUGCCACCGACGUUAAGGUAUUCACAGCGCGUAAAAGGAAAUGUUCUCACCUGAGCUCUCUCUCUUUCUCUCUCUCUCACUACUGUUCUCCAGAAGUGAUGCCAUUGUCAAUAAUACAUUAGCUCUCCUUUCCCCCUAUCUGUAAUACCCAAUAAGGGACAGCUCAUUGCACUUUGUGGGUCUCUAUCAGUGAAGUGCUGUGGGCAGAUUGUCUCUGCAGUUGUUGUAUAUCACGCUGAGUGACCACAAACAAGAUUAAUGCUGAUAACUAUAAAUUGAAUUUGAUGCCCUUAUAUGUCUCCCUGUGUGAUAGAUGGUACAUCACUUAAAUAUUUAUUAUUGCAUCUUUCUUUUGCACUGAGUGUGUAUAAGUGAGUGAGCGAAUGAGUGUGUAUGUGUGUUUGUGUGUGUGUGUGUGUGUGUGUGAGAGAGAGAGAGGGAAUGAAAAAGAAAGACAAAGAGAGAGAGAGUGUGCUUUCCGGUUUUUGCUCACGCUUUCCCCCACCCUGAUAAAACAUGGUCCCUACUCGUUUUAUCACUCCUUCUCAGUGAACAGAUGAUUUAUGCCUUGAGGCAUAUGGUAGUGCUAAUUACAAACAUGUGCCCCACGGAAGAAGAGUGGCCCUUGAAGAAGCAGCUAAACAUACAAUUCAGCAUGUGGUGCUUGAUUGAUUGCGCCUUUUCAUGUGUAUGACUUUGGAUGCCUUUGUUUACACACAUCGAGCCUCUUUGCAUUGCAUUUGCAAUUUCUGCCCCGUUUAGACAAACAGGUUUUAAAAUGUUGUAAAAUGUUAUUUUUUUUAUUAUUAUUAUUCAGGAAAUAAUGCUAUUGAAACUAAAACAAGAGGAAAGCCAUUUACAGAGUGGACAUUUUCUAUCUGCUUUAAAUGACAGGAAGACACAGAUUUAGUUUUUUAACGCGAUUUUAAGUCUAGCCUGAUGAGAGUUGUGUUGAGUGGAGUAGUGUUUUGCAAGUUUGCAUUCUAUUAUAAAACAUCCUCUAGAUGCUCCUAUUUAAGAAAAUGUACGCUGUACUUUUAUUCAGAAAAUUAUGGCAUUGCUGAAUGUAAUAACAUUUAUUCUAAUUACAUAUUUAUUAUAGUAAAGUUUUGCAUUGUGAAUAGAUAUGCUUCAUAAUACUAGUCACAGAUGUGGUUAUGCAAAGCUAACUGUGCUAAGCUAGGUGUACUGCUGCCCCAUUAUUGUAACAUGCAUUCUGAUAUCCCAACGAGCAUUAUAACUGUUUUAUGUCAUGCUCACUGUGUUGAAACCUUUGUGAAAACAAGUGUGUUUUGAUAUUAAAAUAUCUUGCUGA